AUGGCAGCUACACUCCCCAACGCACCCGUCAUCUCCCUAGGAGACAACAUCCUCGUACAACCGCCGCUCUCCCGGUGCGGACACGGCCCCGGCCUGAUCCUUAUCCGGCCCCGCAUCUUCGCAGCCUGCCAGGCGCAGAAUACCAGUCUCGACCCGGAGCCGCUGCAGAAAUGGGCCGAGGAGAGCUAUGCCGUUGCGCAGGUGACCCUGGAUGCUGCGACGAGUGCGGAUGAGACUCGCGUGCUGGAGAUGGUCAAGAUUGCGCUGGAGGGGUUAGUCGCGCGAGAAGAGUGCGGUAAGAAGGAUGCAUUCGGCCUGUUAGUCUACGGCUCAAAAGCCGACUACGCCGCGGAGUUUGCAUCCAUCCUAGCCACCAUCGCAGCAAUGACUACUGUCGCAGCGGUGGUGUGCUUGGACGCGUGGCCGGUCCCGACAACCACCCCGGUGGUGCUACACCUCCCAGGAAAAGAAAAAGUCCAGCCAGAACCGCACGCAGCAGUAUACACCUACCCCGAGACAGCCUCAUCCGCCUUCGCCGUCCCCGGCCACGCGGACUUUAGGAUCGCCUCCGCCGGGGUCGCCCACACGCGGUCUCUCACCUUCCUCAAGAAACACAUGGACGGCCCGUUCUUCGACCUCGAGAAGAUCUGGGACGAACACACGUACUACGAGUUCGGCGACCGGUCGGUGGAAAAGACCAUGGCGACGAUGGUGCAGGAGCCGUACGUGAACCAUGUUCCUACCUUGACCGGCGGCGUGGGCCGCGCACGCCUGAGCAAAUUCUACCUGGAGCAUUUCAUCUUCAACAACCCGGCCGACACGUCGCUGGAGCUGAUCAGCCGGACGGUCGGGACGGACCGCGUCGUGGACGAGUUUAUCUUCUGCUUGACGCAUAACCAAGAGGUGGACUGGCUAAUCCCCGGCAUCCCGCCCACGGGCAAACCGCUGCGCAUCCCGUUCACGGCCGUCGUGAACAUCCGCGGCGACCGUCUGUACCACGAGCACAUUGCCUGGGACCAGGCGACGGUGCUGGUGCAGCUGGGGCUGCUGCCGGAGUACCUCCCGUACCCGUAUGCGCUGCCGGGCGGGCAGCUGCCUGGGCCGGGGAAGCGGUUCGAGUAUCGGGUGCCGGCGGCGGGCGCGGAGACGGCGCUGAAGCUGCAGGAUGAGCAUUUGGUGCCGUCGAAUGGGAUGUUUGAGUAUCGGCAGUACGGAUCCCAUAGACCCGGCAAAGCCAUCGCCCUCCGCCUCGCCCAAGACGGCUACAGCGUCUGCAUCAACGACAUCCCCUCAGCGACCGACGAGAUCUCGGCCGUCGUAGCCGAGAUCAACGCCCAGACACAGGCGGAGGAUAGCCAGCGCCCACGCGCCAUCGGGAUCGCCGCGGACGUGACCUCGUCGGCGGCAGUGGAAGCCAUGGUCCGCGACACCGUCGCACAGCUGGGCCCGCUCACACUGAUGGUGGCCAACGCGGGGAUCGCACAUAUCAAUCCGCUGCUGGAGACGACGGAAGACGAAGUCGACCGCGUACUGGCCGUCAACUUCAAAGGCGUGCUGCACUGCUACACGCACGCGGCGCGGCAGAUGAUCGCGCAGGGCGAACCGGCGUCCGCGGCCGGGGUGGACGUGUACAAGAUCCUCGGGGCGGCGUCGAUCGUCGCGCACAAGCCUCUCCCCUUGUUGGGCGUGUACUCGGCCAGCAAAUGGGCGGUGCGCGGGCUGACGCAGGCGCUGGCGAUGGAGAUGGCGCGACACAAGAUCACGGUGAAUGCGUAUGCGCCGGGCAUCGUGGGGACGGCGAUGUGGGAGGAGAUUGAUGAGCGGUUGGGGGGGCUUGAGGGGCGGGCGAAAGGGGAGAGUGUGAAGGUGUAUUCGGAGCGGCAUGUUGCGCUGGGGCGGACGAGCGUGCCGGAUGAUGUGGCCGGGUUGGUUGGGGGUUUCCUUGCCAGUCGGGAUUCGGACUAUGUGACGGGGCAGACGAUGGUGGUAGACGGGGGGAUUGUGUUUACUUGA